AUGCGCAUACCAACACCCCAAAAACUCCACGUUGCACUCCACCAUCCAUACAAUCCCACAUUCAUCGUUCAAAUACUCAAAUUAUCCAACACAUUACUAACACCAAAAAACAAAAUAUCGCCUUCAUGUUCCCCAAACCCCAAAAUCCAAGUACGAAGGAUGGGUUAUCUAGAGAUCCGACUUCACCUUUCACCAUCCUCUCCUCUCACCUCACUUAGUGUCCUGUAGCUCACUUCACCUAGGAAAACAUAAUGAUGGAUUACCUUCACGCGCGCACGUACGUAACGUAGAUUCUCCUUCUAUUUUACUAUUGACAAACAGCAACAAUUCUCUUUCCACAUACACACACACACAUAUCUCUUUCUCUAAAUCUCCAAAGCAAAAGCAACAACAGCAACAACAGCAAAAUGCUCGCCUCCAACGCAGAGUCAACGUCUUUGGUGCUCCAAUUCACCAUUCUCCUGGUGCUAGUCACCAUCUUGUUCGCGCUCGUCAACGUGAUCAUGCUCCGCAAUGGCGGCGGCGACGGAAAUGCGUAAGUAGACCUCCUCACACCCUUAUUCCUAUCCCUU